CCCCGGCCGCAGCGGCAGGAAGCAGAGAGCCAGAGCCACCACCACCGCGGCGGCAUCGGCGACACCCCGCUGCCCGAGCUGCGAGCAGAGCCCACACCGCCUCGGCACCUCCCCCCCUUCCGCUUCCCUGACCCAGGCUCUCAUCGAUUGCGAUGAUGGAGAUUCCUUCACGCGCGCCUGCCCCCUCCUCCUCGUCGUUCCUAUCCGUAUAAACCCUCCCCAUUUCUCUUCCCCCCCAAAACCCCCCAAACAGAAACCGAAACGCACACGAGCCAAGAAGAACAACCUCUCCUUCCCCUUGGAAAUCUCGGGGGAAAUUUCGAAUCUUUGAGUAGAGAAACUUGGAUCGGCGGCCGCCUCCCGUCCGGUGACCGGAGACCGGAGGGAUGACCAAGGCGGAGAAGCUGGUGGUGGAGGUGGUGGCGGCGCACAACCUCAUGCCCAAGGACGGCCAGGGCUCCUCGUCGCCGUACGUGGAGGUUGAGUUCGAGCACCAGAAGCGCCGCACGCGGGCCAGGCCCAAGGAGCUCAACCCCGUCUGGAACGAGCGCCUCGUCUUCCCCGUCUCCGACCCAGACGACCUGCCCUACCGCGCCAUCGACGUCGGGGUCUACAACGACCGCGGCGCCGCCGCGUCCGGAGCCGCCGCCGGCGGGGCUGCUCCGCACGGCCGGAACUUCCUCGGCAAGGUGCGCGUCCCGGCCGCCGGCGUGCCGGCGCCCGGCGAGGAGGCCGUGCCGCAGCUCUUCACUCUCGAGAAGCGCAGCCUCUUCUCCCACAUCCGCGGCGAAAUCACCCUCAAGAUUUACCGCGUCAACUCCGGCGACGUCGUCGUCAAGUCCAAGCAGGAGAAGCCGGCCAAGGCGGUGGUGGUUGGGCCGGAGGUGGUGGCGGCGCCGACGGUGACUGGGCCCAAGAAGCACCCGCACCCGCAUCCGCACCCACCGCCGCAGCCGCAGCAGCAGCACCAGCACCAUCCGGUGGUGGCCGUGCAGCCGCUGCCUCCGCAGCCUGAGCCACCCAUGGAUAUCAUGCCGCAACCGCCGGUCCCGAUGGCCAUGAAGCCGGUGGUGAUGCACGCGGACCCGUACCCCGUCCCGCCCAUGUUCUCCGGCCCCGGGGACUUCUCGCUGAAGGAGACGCGGCCCCGCCUCGGCAGCGGCGUCGUCGCCGACAAGGCCAGCGCGACCUACGACCUGGUGGAGCAGGUGGAGUACCUCUACGUGCGCGUGGUGCGCGCGCGCGGCGUGCCCAUGGUGACCGAGGCCGUCGCGGAGGUCAAGCUCGGCAACUACCGCGGCGUGACGCCGGCCGUCCCUUCGCACAACUGGGACCAGGUGUUCGCCUUCUCCAGGGAGACCAUCCAGUCGUCGUUCGUCGAGGUGUUCGUGCGCGCACGCGGCAGCGACGACCACGUCGGCCGCGUGUGGUUCGACCUCUCCGAGGUGCCGCGCCGCGCGCCACCCGACAGCACGCUCGCCCCGCAGUGGUACAGCAUGGAGGACCGCAAGGGACAGCGCGGCGGCGCGGAGGUGAUGCUCGCCGUCUGGUUCGGCACUCAGGCCGACGAGUCCUUCGCCGAGGCCUGGCACUCCAAGGCCGCCGGCGUCCAUGGCAACGGGGCGCUUGGCUCCAUCAGGUCCCAGGUGUACGUCGCGCCCAAGCUCUGGUAUCUUCGUGUCUCCGUCAUUGAAGGGCAGGAUUUGUUCCCGAUGGACAAGGGCGCAUUGCCAAUCGGCCGAUUCCCGGAGCUCUUCGUGCGUGCGCAGGUGGGGAGCCAGAUUAUGCGCACACGGCCGGCGCCGGUGGUGUCUACACGGGGACCUGCAAGUCCGUUCUGGAAUGAAGACCUGAUGUUUGUGGUGGCAGAGCCAUUUGAAGAGUUCUUGGUGCUGUCUGUGGAAGACCGUGUGUCCCCAGGGCGGGAUGAGUUGCUUGGCCGCCUUGUUGUGCCAGUGUCUGCCAUUGAGAGGCGGUGGGAUUGGAAGCCAGUGGUUUCGAGAUGGUUUGGGUUGGACCGUGGUACUGCCGGUGGCAAUGUUGCUGCCAACAAUGUGCACAGGUUUGGGAGCCGCCGUGUGCAUCUCCGGCUAAGUCUUGAUGGAGGUUACCAUGUCCUGGAUGAGGCUACAGCUUACAGCAGCGACCUUCAGCCCACAGCAAAACAGCUAUGGAAACCACAUGUUGGGGUGCUUGAGGUUGGUGUUCUUGGUGCCACUGGACUAAUGCCAAUGAAGUCCCGAGAUGGUAGGGGUGCGACAACGGAUGCUUAUUGUGUUGCAAAGUAUGGCCAGAAGUGGAUCCGCACACGCACUCUUGUUGAUUCAUUGUGCCCCCGGUGGAACGAGCAGUACACAUGGGAGGUGUUUGACCCCUGCACUGUCAUCACUGUUGGUGUGUUUGACAAUUGCCAUGUUGGCAACACAUCUGGGAGUACUACUAUGGCUGCCCGUGAUAAUUGCAUUGGCAAAGUUCGUAUUCGGCUUUCGACAUUGGAGACUGAUAGGGUGUAUACCCAUGCCUACCCUUUGCUGAUGCUGCAUCCGUCAGGGGUCAAGAAGAUGGGGGAACUUCACCUAGCUGUGCGCUUCGCCUGUGGCAAUGCUGGCAACAUGUUCCAUGCCUAUGCACGCCCUUUGCUUCCGAAGAUGCACUAUGCGGAGCCACUCCUCGUGCGCCAGGUUGAGACUCUUCGGUCCCAGGCCACCAAUGUGGUUGCAGCUCGACUUGGACGUGCUGAGCCGCCCCUUGGCAAGGAGGUUGUUGAGUACAUGCUUGAUCAUCGUUCAAACCUGUGGAGCAUGAGGCGCAGCAAAGCGAACUUCUUUCGCCUGAUCAAUGUGCUCUCUGGUCCUAUCGCUAUUGGCAGGUGGUUUGAGCUUGUCCGCUCUUGGCAGCGCCCGGUGCAUUCAUGCCUUGCUGUAUUCACAUUCCUGGUGUUCCUCACAAUGCCAGAGCUGAUUCUUCCAACAGCCUUUCUGGCCAUGGCGUUUGCCGGGCUUUGGAGGUAUAGAGUCCGCCCAAGGCACCCGCCUCACAUGGAGAUGAGGCUGUCUCAUGCAGAUGGAGCCACUGCAGAUGAGCUGGAUGAGGAGUUUGACACAUUCCCCUCAACCCGUGGGGAUGUCGUGCGCUUCCGAUAUGACCGCCUCCGCAGUGUGGCUGGGAGAGUUCAGACAGUGGUAGGCGACAUUGCAACACAGGGUGAGAGGAUGCAGGCCGUCCUUAGCUGGCGUGACCCUAGGGCGACACUGCUCUUCGCCAUCGCCUGUGUAUCUGCUGCAGUGAUUGCAUAUUGUGUUCCUAUGAAGGUGAUGAUUGGGAUGUGGGGCCUUUACGCCAUGCGUCCACCGAGGUUCAGGAGCAGGAUGCCUUCCCCACUGAUGAACUUCUUCCGAAGGCUUCCUUCUAGGGCUGACAUCCUGCUCUGAUCCUGGUGAUUCCUACUCUGCUGGCUGGCUGUGGAUAGUCAGCAGGCCUUCUGAUUUGAUUAGGUGAUUUUGGCGGGAAGGGUGAGGAGCUUCACCAAAGGAAUCAAGGAAGAAACAAAUUAGUCUGCUGUAGUAGGUGCCUGAUGUGGUGGUUGUUUAGUUUAAUGUUGUUACCCUGUUAGUGUUUGGUAAUGCAGUACUAUGUUGCUGUGUGAUGUGUCUGGUAGUAGUUGUAGGCUUUGCAGUACUAGCAGCUGCAGUGAUGCUGUUCUUGUGCUUCAGUUGAAGUUGUGCAAAGACUAGUUGAGUAGUAGUAAGUAGAUUGUGAUGUUUGCGGCAAACUGGUGAGAUUAUGAGUUUCAGUUUAAUUAGAAAACUGUUUGGAUCUUUA